CCCCCCUCCCGCGGCCCCGCCGCCCCCGGCCACCACCAUGGUGCAGAAAUCCCGCAACGGAGGCGUUUACCCGGGGCCCGCCGCCGAGAAGAAGCUGAAGGUGGGCUUCGUAGGGCUGGACCCGGGAGCUCCGGACUCCAGCCGGGACGGGGCUCUGCUCAUCGCCGGUUCCGAGAGCACCAAACGGGGUAGCAUCCUCAGCAAACCCCGUUCGGGGGUGUCGGGCAGCGGGAAGCCCCCCAAAAGGAAUGCUUUUUACCGCAAGCUGCAGAAUUUUCUCUACAAUGUGCUGGAAAGACCGCGGGGCUGGGCUUUCAUUUACCACGCAUACGUUUUUCUACUUGUUUUCUCCUGCCUGGUGCUGUCUGUCUUCUCAACCAUCGAUGAGUAUCAGAACAGCUCUGAAGGGGCCCUUUAUAUUCUGGAAAUUGUCACCAUCGUGGUGUUUGGGGUGGAGUAUUUUGUGCGGAUCUGGGCAGCUGGCUGCUGCUGUCGGUACCGGGGCUGGAGAGGAAGGUUGAAAUUUGCCCGCAAGCCUUUCUGUGUCAUCGACAUCAUGGUGCUGAUCGCGUCCAUUGCUGUGCUGGCAGCGGGCUCCCAGGGCAACGUCUUUGCCACCUCAGCGCUCAGGAGCUUGCGCUUCCUGCAGAUCCUGCGCAUGAUCCGCAUGGACCGGCGGGGUGGCACCUGGAAGCUGUUGGGCUCCGUGGUUUACGCGCACAGCAAGGAGCUGAUUACUGCCUGGUAUAUUGGCUUCCUCUGCCUCAUCCUGGCCUCUUUCCUGGUAUACUUGGCCGAGAAAGGAGAAAAUGAGCACUUUGAUACAUACGCAGAUGCACUCUGGUGGGGUCUGAUCACCCUGACCACCAUUGGCUAUGGGGACAAGUACCCACAGACUUGGAAUGGGCGACUGCUGGCUGCAACCUUCACACUCAUCGGUGUUUCCUUCUUCGCUCUCCCUGCCGGCAUUUUAGGUUCAGGGUUUGCUCUGAAGGUUCAGGAGCAGCAUCGGCAAAAACACUUCGAGAAGAGACGCAACCCAGCAGCAGGCCUGAUUCAGGCUGCAUGGAGGUUCUAUGCUACCAACCUGUCCCGCACAGACCUGCACUCUACGUGGCAGUACUACGAGCGCACCGUCACCGUCCCCAUGUACAGCACGCAAACGCAAACGUACGGUGCCUCCAGACUCAUCCCUCCUUUGAACCAGCUGGAGCUCCUGAGGAACCUGAAGAGCAAAUCGGGACUGACAUUCAGGAAAGAGCAGCAGCCCGAACCAUCGCCAAGUCAGAAGGUCAGUUUGAAAGAUCGUGUCUUCUCCAGUCCCCGCGGUGCUGGCACCAAAGGGAAAGGCUCUCCACAGGCUCAGGGCAUCCGGAGGUCCCCCAGUGCUGACCAGAGCAUCGAGGACAGUCCCAGCAAGGUGCCCAAGAGCUGGAGCUUCGGAGACCGCAGCAGAGCCCGGCAGGCUUUCCGCAUCAAGGGAGCUGCAUCGCGGCAGAACUCCGAAGAAGCAAGCCUGCCUGGAGAAGACAUUCCUGAUGAGAAUAAAAGCUGCAACUGUGAGUUUGUGACAGAAGAUUUAACACCAGGACUGAAAGUCAGCAUCAGGGCAGUGUGCAUUAUGCGAUUUCUCGUCUCCAAACGCAAGUUUAAGGAGAGCCUUCGGCCCUACGAUGUGAUGGACGUCAUCGAGCAGUACUCAGCUGGCCACCUGGACAUGCUCUCCCGGAUUAAAAACCUCCAAUCCAGGAUAGAUAUGAUUGUGGGUCCCCCGCCCCCUUCAACUCCCCGGCAUAAGAAGUAUCCAACCAAAGGACCCAUGUAUUCUUCCAAAGAAUCUCCCCAAUACUCGCCUAGAGUUGACCAGAUCGUUGGGAGAGGAUCCUCCAUGACCGACAAGGAUCGGACCAAAGGCCCAGCCGAGGGGGAGCUGCCUGAAGACCCCAGCAUGAUGGGCAGACUUGGGAAAGUUGAAAAACAGGUUCAGUCGAUGGAGAAGAAGCUCGACUUCCUGGUGAACAUUUACAUGCAGAGAAUGGGUAUCCCACCGACGGAGACGGAGGCCUACUUUGGGUCCAAAGAACCAGACCCAGCCCCUCCCUACCACAGCCCCGAGGACAGCAGGGAGCACAUCGACAAGAACGGCUGCAUCAUCAAGAUCAUCAGGUCCACCAGCUCCAUGGGUCAGAAGAACUUCUCAGCUCCGCCGGCCCCGACCAACUCGUGCCCGCCCUCGACGUCGUGCCAGCAGCAGCCCUACCAGCGGCAGAGUCACGGCUCCUCGCCCGUCGGAGACCCCGGCUCGCUCGUCCGCAUCCCACCUCCGCCCUCCCACGAGCGCUCCCUGUCAGCCUACAGCGGCGGGCACAGGGCGAGCGCAGAGUACCUGCGGAACGAAGACAUUACCACCAAACACCACGAGAGCGCCCUGAGAGACAGCGACACGUCCAUCUCCAUCCCCUCGGUAGACCACGAGGAACUGGAGCGCUCUUUCAGCGGCUUUAGUAUUUCCCAGUCCAAAGAGAAUUUGGACAUCCUUAACAACGGUUGCUAUGCGGCCGUGGCCAAAAUCAGACCCUACAUUGCGGAAGGGGAAUCGGACACCGAUUCUGACCUCUGCACACCCUGUGGCCCUCCUCCCAGGUCGGCCACGGGCGAGGGACCCUUCAGUGACAUGGGCUGGUCAGCCCCCCGGCAGUGAGGGCCCUGCGCAGCCUCAAGCCAUGGCCGAGUCCCAGCAGCUGCCCGCUCCAGCUGUCCUCGUGUCGAACUUCUCAAGGAGAUGGACAGCUAAGGGUUUCCUCCAUCUAGGACAUCCUUAGCUGCCGGAUGCUUUCUUGCAGCUUACUCUGGGGGGCAAUGAGCAGACCCAAGCCUGCGGGAGUGGAAGAGGUCACGGUGGUGAGCGAACUGGAGCCGUGAAGUCCGGAUUUCUUUCAUACUCUCUUUCUAAGAUCCUUAGGUGAAAUUCUUUCAUGGUGCAGGAUAGGCAAUUUGCAUUUCUUCUGAAUGUUUAGAGAUGUGGGGCAGGAAUAAAUCACCCGGCCAGGGCUUUUGGAGGUCACAUCAAGUGGUAUUGAGCAGUGUCACAUGGCAGUUGCCAUACCGUGGCACUGGUGAUUACACCUUUCAGUAUUUUGGAGUCGCAGAAUGAACACGUGUCAGUUUCUAGAUUAGAUUUUAGGUCGCAUGAAAAUUGCUGGAGCGAUAUUACUCUGUGGUUCACCAUUAACAGUCAGGAAGAUGGGAGAGUUCCAAAAUAAUACAUGAAAAUUUUGUGCCUGUCCCUGGAGGAGUGGGACAGUGGCUAGAAUAUUUGUAUAAACAGAAGUUGUGGCCUCCAAGUAGGACAGGUUAGGGGAAUGUUCUGAACCAGCAUGGUUUGGAAAUUCUCCUUGUCCAACAGCUGAGGAAAAUGAAAAACUCAUGAAUACAAGCUUGAAUGCAAGAGCUGAGACAACCCAGGGAACAUAAAAAUAAGGCAGAGAAGGAGAAUAAGUGACUGUGUGGCUGGAGUUUUAUAUCAUAAACCAUGUAUUAUCUUCAAUUAUCUCUCUCCUUCCGUUGACAUGCCCUGAAGGUGCUUCGGAAGCAAUGGCGAACCAAAGGCAACCCCUCCAUAGGGCUGCCAUGGUGUAAAACUGUUCUUACGGCCAGCAGGGUUGUUGUGGAGUCACAGCAACAGCAGUCCGAAGGGAAAUAUGCAAGACGCUGCAGUUCCCGCAUUGCUGCAAGCUAAGUGCUGAGCUCCAUCCUUUUGAAUUCCUGUUGGUCAGAGCAGGCCCUUUUCUUACAGUUUGCAUUGUGCCUGAACACUUUUGCACACUUAUGCCCGGUGAAAAUCCUCCCUUUCUUCUUCUGCCCUGGCGAGAAUCUCACACCCCUGUUCUCUGGACAUCCUUUGGCUUGUUUGGAUCUCUUGAGCUGAAUUAAGAGGUACUUCUUUGUUUCUUCAUGAACUUUCAGAAGCCUCUUAACUGUGUGUGCCCACAAGUUGUGCCAAUCCAAAUCUGCCCCAUUUUGUUGUUUCUGUUUGUCUUGGAAGGAUCAUCGUGUUGCUAUCAGGAACUCCAGCAGUAUAUUCAGCUGGGGGAGGGUGAGGGGAAAAGUGAUGCUCAGUAUUUCUUUUGGGACCAAAAAAAAGCCACAAAGUGAUCUUUUACAUGGAUAGAGAGAUUUUUUUUUUUUUGCAAGAGAAUGGAUCAAAGUGUGUUUUGGGAUCUGUCUCCAAGCCUAGGACAAACAGUGUUGUGCCUCUGAUGCCUCCUGUGUACCUACAGCUCAAAUCCUGUGUGUUUUUUGCAAUAGCCAGGGCUGUAUCUGAUUUUAAACCCCAUCUCUCCACUAUCUCCCCAUGUUGUACCAACAGCUUCUGAGGAUAUUUAGGUGACAGCUUAAUUUCUGCGUGGCCUUUCAGAGGUUGAACAUUGAUUUGUUUGGGUUGAAGGGAGAAUCGCGGCUUCCUCUUCCUGUUUGCUUGGCAGCAGCCAGGUGAAACCCAAACUGUUUUAGCCUUUGGGAAGAUGUGGGUGCAUCUGUGAGCUUACAGACAGGAGGUAAAACCACCCUUUGGUAGCGCUCGGACUAACAUGCAGGGCUCCACAUGGGAUCAAGGAGUGGGGGAGUAAUCUGACUGUAAAAUGGCUGUAGAUUGUGCAGAUUUGGCCUUGCUGUGUUGCAAGGUUAGAUUCCUUCAGGUAGAGCAAGAUUUUCACCAAAUCAGAGAUAAUAAGCAUUUGCAAUCUUUUUUAUUAUUAUUAAUUAUUAUUAUUAUUAUUAUUUUUGGCAACUACUUUUUGAGACCUGCUGGAAAUCUGGCACAGAAUGCUCCAUAUAAGGAUGAGGGUGAUGAUGUGUGAUCCUAUUACAGCAGAGAAAUUUGCCUGGUCUUUAAAUAUAGGUGACAAAGCCAAUAGUACUUCAAGGCACAAUAUAAGUGGAAUAUAGUUUUCAUCGUGUCCUAAAUUUGAAGCUCUGUUGGCUCUGAUUUGAAUGUGCAUUUCCCAGUUCUUUCUCUUGCCCAGCUGAUGUUAUACCCUCUAACACAGGUAAUGCCAGUGUGUCCUGAGGAGAAAUAGUUCCGCUGUGUCCACUGUAAGUUUGCCACAUUGCAGUCCUUUACCUCUUUAGGGACUGCAUAGGAAGAAUUGUUCUUCCCCUCUUUAGACCAAAGUCUAUAAAGAUUUCCUGACUUGUAGCUUUAAAAUGUUUUACUUCUGUCCCUCAAUCACAGAAAACAAGUUUUAUAUCUGUACAGCAUAGAUCGUAUCUUACUGCUACAAAUUUCAUCAAGAAUUGUUUGGAAGAGAUAAGCAAUGUUGCAUUCUGAUCCAUAGCAUCAUUUCAAAGAACUUCUGACCCCUUCGACCACAGCCAUCCCAUAAAUCACCACUUCUUGUUCAUCCUGGCAAAAAGGCUUGACCUGGAUUUUGGGGUUAACUUUAUGCCAGAAUUGAUUCCAAAUAAUGCUCUUAUUUCAAAGAAAUGAUUCAUGGCUGUGUGAAUGGGAACAGAGCCUGCUCUAACUAAAGGUUUUGUUCUUUAUCAGCAAAGCUCCUUGCAAAGCCUUCACUUUCAGUCCCUCGAUUUCCCAAUGCUUAUAUUGCACACUCCUGGUGAUGAUCUCCCCCCAGAAGUCUUAACCACCAGGUUAAAAGAAAUAAAUUGGUUUUACUUUGCUCAUAAGGCAGUCCCAGAUAAAGACUCUUAAAAUGACAUGCAGGCCAACUUUGUCCUUUUGCUGAGCCUCUCUUGGGCUGUCUUUGCUCCCCUAUUCCUCCUGUUCGGUUUCUUAUUUUUUGUCAGACCCCAAAGGGCGGAAAGAAGCUUCAGGCCUUGCUAUGUGUGAACACAGGAGAGCUGAAGAGCACUUGAAGGUCCCAAUUUCCAGCAGGCUAUCUUGAACUCCCGAGCUGCCCGUGCUCACGUGGACACAAAUUCUACGGAUGACUCCACCUGUGGGAUGGGGUAAUCCCUGACACACUCCCUGCCAAGAGGGAGCUCAAGUUGCCUGAGAUAUCUGUGACAAGAGAUGUGGCCGGAGAUGCUGCAAGCUCCAUGCAGAUGGCCUUUCCCAACGUGACCUUGAGACAUAAGAACAGAGCACUAGCCAUAAGUCGCAUUUCCCAACAUUUGGGAAGAGACUUUAAUGUUACUCCAGUGCAGAUUUUGUAUGUGAAUUUCCUUGUUGACUCAUUUUCUUAUUAAUAAUUUUUAGAACAAGAAUAUCAAGGAACUCGCUGAAAAAAUAGGACAAAUCCUGUUCAGCUCAGAAAGCCAUUACAGUUCUUUAGUCAGACUAUGAGAUAGAUCAGGUUUUCUAAAAAUGUGUUUUGUUUCAAAUGCUGCUUAAUAGAUCCAAACAAAUUCUGCGGGGCCAUUGCUCUUUACAGAUAAAUAGAUAUAUUUUUACAUUUCUAAUUGAUUUUUAGGAUUUUAAAUUGAAUUUUUAGAACAAGUUUGUAUAAUCUACCUGAAAAGCCAGAGCAUUGCUGCAGAUACAAGCGCUCCCCUUCCUUACUGUUACCCAAGAGAAAGGAAAGAUGUAUUUCUUCCUUCUUUUCUCAGGAGGGAGCUACUGCAAGCCUCAUUUCCUUUAUAUCCUCAGACCAUUGGGGUCACAACAACAUUAUUACGAAACACAAAAUGAAAGCGUUAAAAGAGACACUGAGGUUUCAGUCCUGCCAAGGCUAGAGGAGGAAGCGUGGGGUCAGGUUCAGACGCCUCGCUGGUGCCAGGUGGGCACCCGGAUGGUAGCACUGAGGUGGGGUUUUCUUGUUUCUCAACCAGAAGGUCUUCCUCUUGGCUGAAUAGCAACUGCUAUGGCCUUGCGAAAAAUUCAUCUCAUAGAAGACCAGAAGAUGAUACUGGCUUGCCUCAGGACUCCCCUUAUAAGAAAUUCCUAAGCAAUAUAUACAAGUUAUCCCAUAUAAAGGCCCGUAGCACUGAGAAUUACAUUGGGAAUGUCAAAAAGCCCAGGAAUAGAGUAAGUCUUUCUGUUUCUCCAUCCACACUCAUGCAAGCCUUCAGGUUGGGAGAGCCACCAAGCCCCCAUCCCUUCCUCCCCAGACACUGCUCCUGUGCCAGCAGUGCUCCGGGCCACAACUGCACACCCUUGUCCCUUUCUGUUUUGAUCGGCUUCCUUUCCAUGUAUGAGGAACAAGGAAAUCAGAUACAAAAGCUCCUUCACCUGCAUGUAACAUUGAGGCUGCGACGUGGAAGGAUGUGGCCCUGGGGUGUAAAAGCAAAGUUCUGCUUUUAGCACACAAACCUUUCUGUCUCACAGCGCAAAAGCUGCUUGGGGCAAGGGCUGUGGGUUGGUUGGUUGGUGUCUUUUUUUUUUUUUUAACAAUAACAAUAGGGUUUUUUAAAUAAUAAUAUGAUAAUAGUAAUACAUAGGAAUCUUCUUUAGUAGACCUUUAGUGUUUGAUGCCCCAGUGACACAAUACUGCUUGCCUUAUAUUAGUGUCUAGAGGGAGAGGGACUACACACGUUUUGAUACCGUAUUAAUCAUGCUUGUAAUUUAGGCAGCCCCAAGGAACGGCAGCUGCAGGAGGAGCAGCCGGGUCCUUUUUAAUGUAUGAAUGUGCUUUCCAGCCUAUCUCACUGACUGUAGUCUCAAUUUUGCCUGCUACUGCAUGCAGCCUGAGAUGAGUAGACAGCAAUACGCUCCAGCUGUAUCUGCACUCCCAGAUUGCUGUAGUACCUGGAGAGGGGUGACGUAGCUAAAAGUAUCUUUCUGGGGAGAGGCCAUCCUCCCAGAGACCCAUCACGUAGGGUGCUGCGGUGCUUCUGUAGGUAACACUGAUAUACCAAGUGUCUUUCAUGCUGCGACUGAUCAUUGCCUCAUCCCUCCGAUACAGCAUGCACAAACACCACUUGUUAAUACUACUUGUUAAUAAGGGAUAAAAAACACGCGUUUGUAACCUGUGGGCCAUUGAAAUGUGUGUAUGAGGAGAAAAUAAGGGAAAAUAUGUGGAUUUUAUUGGCUGUGCAUAACAAGCUCCUUUCCACCCAGAUGCCUCUGAAGAAGAGCAUCCCUGAUAGCUCUUCCCAAGAGCAUGGAGGAGCAGACAGAGCAGGGCAGGCUCUGCCAAGGGCAGAGCCCUGACCUUCAUUUAAGAGAUGCUAUUUGAUCCCACAUAUGUGGGACUUGCCAUAUUUCUCAUUCCCAUAAGGCUCUCUGGUGUACACGUGCAUUGUGCCUGCAGCCAAGCCCAAGGGGCAGGGGAGAAUACAACUCCCAGACUUUGGAAACCCUCCUUGGGGAUUUCAUUGACAGCAUUUAGGGAUCCUGGGAACCCUGCAGCUGUGCCAUACUGAUAUUUAACAUAAGCAUUUCUUACCCUCCUUUGGAGGGGCACUGAGCUGCCUUCAUAUCGCCAUAAACGUUUUGCCACUGCUAUCACCCGCCACGAUAGCAGACUCACAAGGCCUUCUGGAUUUGCCCACAUUGCUGGUGUUUGAAGUGUCUUGUAUCGCUUGUGAUGCUGCUGCAAUCAAGUUUGCCACUGUGUCUUUGCAUUCCUUGUCCAGACCGCAUACAAGUGAAUGUGCAGUGCCAGAACUCUGCUCUGAGACUUUCUUUUGGCCUGGCAUCUCUAGAUGCCCUAAAGAGCCUUUAUGUCCUGUUAGCAUGACAGUUUUGCUUUUUCUUGGUUGUUUAUUUGCUUCCUUGUUGAGCUUCCAUGGCCUCAGCACAUCCGUGAUUUGUUCUACUGGAGCCUCCAGUGCAAGGAUGGAUGGGCAGGAGCUGCUUUGCCCAUUCAUGCAGCACACUGUGAGGGUUUGUCCCCUUGUUUAGAGCUGACUGCAGGGAAAUAGGGAUGGGGGUUGAGGUCUGAUUUUUGUACCAAAUUGAAGGUCUCAGAGAAGAGCUCACAGACUCCAACAGUGUUGAUGCUUUUGCUCCCUGAAGCAAGAGCUGCUUUCCCCAGCCCCCUUCAGCAGUGUGCAUAUGUGGCUUUGCAUGCCAGCCUCCAGCUUGGUAACAGGGAGACUUUGAAAGCAGCUAGUCCAAGCUGUGCUAUUUCCAAAGCUGCUGGGGAAGCUUGAAGCUUCUUCCUCUCCCCUCAUUUCUGCAAAUACAGCCUCAGAUGAAUUGUUCAAGCAGCAUCUGUUUGCCUAGUCCUGAGAAACUUGAGCUAACUGCAGCUACAAAGUUUUCCAAAACUCAGUGCCAAGCUUGGGCUAGAUUUCACCUGCAGCUACGCCUAUAAUUCUAGGGCAGGGUUAGUGAUUUCAGGUAGAAGCCAUGCUAAGCUCUCCAGUUGGGAUGGUUCUGGCCCAAAACCAAGGCUGAAUGUCUUGCUGCUGGUGAAGCCUGCCCUGGGAUUUCAGCUCCACGUGAUACUGCUGAGCACGAACCUGAGGAAUCACUCCCUCCUUCCCACUUUGCACAAGGAAAGCUUGGCACAAACCUUGCAAGCCAAGAUGAGACAAUGCCUCUGUAUUUCAGCAUGCUGUGAGCACCUCCCAUGAAGACAGAAGUGACGUUUCACUGUAACCUCUUGAAUCUGAUCAUCACAGUGAGCAUCACCCAGUAUUUCACAUGCACAGUGGUACUCCUGAAAGGGAUUUAUUACACAUGUGAGUAUAGAGGAUUCAUUCUUCUAGCAUCUUUGUAAACACUGAGUUCAGUUCUUGCUGAUGGAAAACUCAUCAGUGCUGGUGACAGAUCUCUUCUGUCCUACCCACGCUGGUCCAGCAUCUCCCCUAGAGCUGAAGCUGCUCUUGUCUGUGGGUGGGACAUGGGCCAUUCUGUGUUGGUUACUCUUCCCCACUACUUGACUCCAAACCCUAAAAUUCAAAUUAAGAUUACUUUUUUUCUCUCCCCAAAAAAUGACACCUGCAUAGAAAACCUGAGACUUUCAGGAUGCUGGGGGCAAAACAAGGUACAGCUGAUAAUUACAGGGAUUUUGUUAUUUUAAAUCAAGAGCAGAUUUUAAGCAUAAUUACAGUUGCUGCGUGGUAUAUCAAAUGCUUUAGGAGAUUCAAUAAGUUAUUCUCAUAAAUGUUUUAUUCUUUUAUCAGUAAUCUGUAUAGGUGGGUGCUACUGCUCUUCCACAGCAAUGCCCCAUAAGCUAAAACUGUACUCCUUCUCCAGUAUAGCCAUUGUAUGUAUGAAAUUUAUCUUGCUUCGUGUCAAUUUGACGCAGUAUCCACAGGUACUGCACACAGAUUGCACAUUACAUGCACUUGGCUGAUAGCUGUCCUUAACAGUAGUCGGCCAGACAAAGCAUUACCUGUCUGGUUAGUGGUGUGACUCAACCUAAGUGGGACAAGGGGAAAGCAAAGUUCUUGUUUUGUUAGGAAAUACACCGCAUUCCAAUGCUGCUUUAACCAGAUUUUACCAGGAAACCAAACGAAGGGAGAUUGUUUCUGCAAUGUUACUUAAAGACAGCGGAACGAAACCAAUCAAACAGCUCUAGAACACUUCACUGCUGUAUUUCUAUGUAUUCUUCACUGCUGUUCAUCUGAACUGUAAAUUCUGUACAGGUUGAAUGAGGUUCACAGUCUGCCAUGACCUGCAAGGUAAAAGGACAACACGACUUUGGCUGCAGCUGGUGUGUGUUGUUUGCAUACAUGCACAUCUUGCUGUACAUGUGUGUAUGCAGACACAUGCACAUCUAAGCUUUAAGGCAGAAACAUUUGCAUCUGAGAUACACGGGGAAAAAGGAAAUUCUUUCUUUAGUGGCAGGAGAGUAGGUAAAACCAAAAUAAGAGACUAUUUUAAUAGCAUUCCUAUCUAAAAUUAAGUCUCUUAACUUUCCCUAUACUGAGAUUUCAAUGACCUUAAACAAUUUCCCCUACAGGAUUUAAUUUUGCCCAUAAUUUCACAGAUAAGAGAUCGGAUAGAAAUUAUUCUUCAGUGUUCAAUGUAGUAUGAAGAGCUAACCUUUCCAGCUAAAUGUUGCUAGAUGCCAUUAAAAAACUGUAACUAAAUUUUUACUUGAGCCUGCAAUUCACCCCUAAUUCUGAAAUUAUCAGUUGUAAGAGCCAUUUAAAGGUACCACACCAAAGGAGCGCUCACUGCUGGAACGUGUCACCAUAGCUAUCACAGUUUACAGCAGGAUCUGGCUCCUUUGGCCUUAACAGGGCCAGAAAUGGUUCGUGCACUUGUCCUGAGGAUGAGGAGAGAGGUGAACUUCGUGCUGGUAUGGGCUGCUCUCACACUGCAGAGAGAAGGUGCUGCAUGCCCUGAUGCUCAUCAAAAUCUCAGGCUCCACUGAGCACUGAAGUCUGGUUGUCCUUUAGAAAGCAAAGGCAGCUGCUGCUUUGCUUCCUUUCAUUUGCUCUGUUGCCUUGGCUUUUUUGCACUUUUGUUUCAUCUCCAAAGAAUCUCUCAUAAUGCCUUUGGUACUUCUGUACAACUUUGGAACGUUUUGUAUGUAAUUGAAUGGUACACACUUUCUCUUGUAAUAUAGCAAUCGGACUUUUUUUUUGGUGAAUGUGUAAUUUCCACUGUACAUUUCCACCAUGACUUUGUGCAAUGUACAUUUUCUAGGGACGGGUGCCAAGGGAACAACCUGUAGUUUUCUAAGGAGCAGAAUGACACAGACACAGAUGGUUUCACAUUAGCACUGCAGAAGAGCAACGUAGCCCAGGCUUUUAGCAUUGAGCAUGACACAGGGUGUACCUUCACAGGGAUGACUGUGACAGCUGCAAAACUGUCUACGUGUGAUAUUAGAAUCAGCAGCGAUGGUUGCAAUCAGAAGGGAAAUGGAGGAAAAUUAAAUAAUCACACUCAUUAAUUUAAGCCUCGAAGCAUCAGAAUGGAAAAUUUGCAUUCAGUAAAAUUACCAGAGAUUUAACCUUCAUGAGAUGAAAUACACAUUUAUUUUUCUUUGCA